GAUAACUUAAUACAAAGUUGAUCGAAAGACGAAAACACAAGACUCAUACAACAUCAUCGUCAUGUUCAACAAGCCAAAACAUCCAUUAACCUUUAUGGCUUUAUCCCUGGCCAAUUUCGCGUAGUAAUUAUAAAUUUGAAAUGGGCCGGACAUCACAUCGGAAAAAGCAUUCAGGACCAGGCCCAAUUCUAGCUGAGCCCAGAUCCGGCCCGAAAAUAGCAACUUCUUUUGCGCGCGAAUUUUGUAUUAUCGUUUCACUUAUCAGGAAUCGAGCUUUGGCAUCAGCAGUAAACUAGAGGCAUUGACCAUGGUGGAAACUAACCAAAGAGCUUUCUUCUCCGCCUCCGUCCACCAGCAGGAAACGGAGAGGCAUGUCUUCGCCGGCGCCUCAGCCAUGGAAACGCUACGCAUGGCGAGGUUUUUUUAUUUUAUUUUACCAUCGUACUAGCUUCGACGCUUUCUCUUUUUUCGUUUACCAUAUUACGGGGUUCUUUUAGGCAUAAACACAAACACCUGGUGGGCAAUUGGUCUAGGGGGAAAACAGGGGGAAGCUUCAGCUCCAUAGAGCUCGAAGCUACUGAGAAAUUUACAGUGAUCAUUCUCCGACUUGAGUUUUCGGUUUGACAAUUUCUUCCAUGUAGGAGCUUUGUGAUGGAUGGGCUCUAGGAUUAGGUGAAAUGUCGCCGUCGGCUAGCCCCACCACUGUCUUUUUCAGCAAGUGGCACCACUAUUACGUCAAUUUGCAGAAGCUCCCAAACUUGUACACGUACUAUAAUGGCUACUUGACAUUUCGUUAAUUUAUUUAUUUGAACUCUGUGUUUUGUGCUCGAAAUGAUUGAGUUCUUCCCUUAAACACUGUCUGUAAUCAAGCGAAAGAAGAUGGCAGGGAUACCCAUAGACUACCUGACCCAGAAAAUGGAGGCAUUUCUGGUAAAGGAAGCAACUUUAUACGGAGAAGCUCGCGACCAAGUGGAGGAGAUGAAGCAGGAGCUCAUGAGCAUGAGGUCAUUUCUGGAGGACGCUGAUGAUCCAAAGGCCGGCACCAACUCCAAAUCAAAGCAAACCCAGAUAGCCCAAGUCAGAGAUCUGGUGUACGAUGUCGAAGACAUCAUCGACAGGUUCAUGUAUCUUGGGAACAAAUGGCGAGGCGAGCGUACUUUCGUAUGGUACGUGAAAAGAACUCUCGGCUUUCCCAAGUACUUCUGGGAGAGGCGGCAGAUUGCCACUGGCCUCCAAAAGCUCAACGUCAUGAUCAAAGCCAUACCGGAGAGGUAUCAACGGUAUCCUGCUGAUGGCCAAGAAUCAGCUCCGAGGGCCAACAAUGGUGGAGGAGGAGCAGGAGCAGGAGCAGUGUUCAAUUCAGAGUCGGCUCUGUUUCUCAAUGAAGGUGAUCUUGUGGGGAUUGAAGAACCCAAAGAGGUAAUCAUGGGAUUUCUCACCAAUGGAGACCUGCAGAGGGCUACCGUUGCAGUUGUUGGCAUGGGUGGCUCUGGUAAAUCAACUCUGGUGGCUAACUUGUUCAACUCACCUGUAGUCAAACAGAAGUUUGAUUGUUGUGCUUGGGUUACUGUCUCUCAAACUUUCAACAUUGAGGAAUUGUUCAGAAGCUUGAUCAAGGAGAUCAAUAAAUCAGAAACGGGAGAAAAGAUUCUGAUUUCGGAUUUGAAUGGUAUGAGUUAUAGAGAGCUUCUAGAGAAGCUUGUGGCUUAUCUUGAGCAGAAGAGUUACUUGGUUGUUUUGGAUGAUGUGUGGACUACUGAUGUGUGGAACCAGAUAAAAGUGUCCCUCCCCAAUGGGCAGAAGGGCAGCCGAGUCAUACUCACAACUCGUAUGGACGACAUCGCCUUGCACUUUUCGUCUGAAGUUGGAAGUCAUGUCUACCGUGUUAAGCCGCUCGAUGAGGAGAAAGCGUGGGAACUAUUCUGUAGAAGAGCUUUCUCUUCAAGAAGUUCCAAGAAAUGUCCCCCCGAGCUUCAAACCAUAGCCAUGGAGUUUGUGGAGAAAUGUGAAGGCCUACCUCUGGCAAUUGCUUCAGUGGGUGGUCUCUUAGCUACCAAAAGCUUGUCACUAGGAGCAUGGACGACGGUACUCAAGAACUUGCAAUGGGAGUUGACCAACAAUCAAAUGCUUCAACCGAUAAAGAGUAUCCUUCUCUUGAGCUACAACGAUCUUCCUUAUCGACUCAAGUACUGCUUCUUGUACUUUGGUCUAUUUCCAGAGGACUAUAAAAUAUGGUGUGAUAGGCUCAUUAGACUUUGGAUAGCUGAGGGGUUUGUGGAAGUAGAAGAAAAUGAAGUAUCACCCGAAGAAGUUGCUAUGGGAUACAUUGUUGAAUUGAUUGGUCGAAACAUGCUCCAAGCUGUGAGCUGGGACAUGUAUGGAGAUCAUGGAAAGUGUAAGAUGCAUGAUUUGUACAGAGAGAUUGCUCUUACAAUAUCCAGAAAUGAGAAGUUUUGCUCAGUAUAUGAUGGUGGAAGCAUUCAAACGCAGUUUAGAGAAGACACUGUGUCGACUCAUCGACGUCUAUCCAUUCAGAAGGCAGGCAAUGAGCAAGAGGUGAUCAACUUAGUUGGAGGAAUGACUCGUCUUCGCAGUCUAUUCUUGUUCACUAAAGACAUUCCUUUUUCUCUAAAAAAAUUGCCUUGGAGAAGCUUUCGACUUGUUCGUGUGGUGGACAUGGAGAAAGCUCCAUUGGAGAAUCUGUCCGAGGACAUAGCGGUUCUGCUCAAUUUGAGGUACUUAGACUUGAGUGGAACUAAAGUAAAGAAGCUCCCCAAGACUAUUGGCAAGUUACUCAGCCUUCAAACUCUCGACAUCUCAAACACAGAUAUCGAAUCCCUUCCAAACGAGAUCGUGAAGCUGGACUAUCUACGCCACUUGUUCUCAGGUAAUUUGAAUUUCGGCAGGCUGCUGGAGUACAGUAAACUGAAAGGAGUAAAAGUUCCGAGUGAUGCAGACAUUAGUUCUAUGAAACAAUUGCAGACUUUGCGAGUAGUUGAAGCAAGUGCAGAGAUGAUGAAGCAACUGAAGAAGAUGACCCAACUCGUGCAGCUCGGCAUCACAAACUUGGAAGGCCAAGCUCAGAUGGAAGAUUUGUGCUUGUCACUACAAAAUAUGCUGUUGUUGCAAUGGCUAGUUGUAAUGGCGAGCAAGGAAGAAGAAAUCCUCCAAAUGGAUUCACUUAAUGAAUCCGCUUCUUCUUCUUCUUCUUCAUCACUUCAACUCCUCGAAUAUCUCAUCCUGUGUGGGAAGUUAACCAACUUUCCCGUCUGGAUUCGCUCGCUUCGCAGCUUAACAACCAUAAGAUUGAUCUGGAGCAGGCUGCCAGUGGAGGAAGAUCCAGUUGUGCAUCUCCAAGAGAUGCACACCUUGAGGAAUGUUUGGUUCAACAAUGCCUAUCAGGGGACAGAGUUGAGGUUCAUGACUGGAUUUACAAAUUUGAAGGCGUUGGCAUUGGCAAACUUGCCGAAACUCGAGAGGCUAACGAUUGGUGCAGCAGGAGUGAUGCCCAGCAUCAGAAUCAUUCUGAUCAGGGACUGCCUGAAUCUAAAGAUUAUAUCAGAAGGGAUCAAACAUCUGGCAGAACUCGAGGAGUUGAGGCUCGAGGAUGUUUGUGCAGAGCUGGUGGAGCGUAUUCGUGGACCUGAGUGUGUUAACUUCCGACACAUCCCUAUCGUGUCUUGUAAGUACUACUCCUCGUCAUCUGGAAGUUACAUCACCGAAAGGCUUGUCCUUUGAUUAUUACUGCUUGUUCAAUUGACUUGUGUGUGUAGUUGAUAUAUGUUCAGUGUAUUUGAUUCUACAAUGUCAGAUGGAUUGGAGUUUUCAGUACUUGGAAAGAUGGUUCUGAAAGUGUAUUUGUAGGGAAAUCAUUUGUUUUUUUUCCGAAUAAAUGAGGGAAAUCAUUUGUUAGUGUUUGUAAAUUGCUGUAUCCAGGAGAUUAUGGUUAGCUAUUCUUACAAAGUGAAGCUUCAGAAAUGUUCUUGUCAAUCUGCGGGAAUCGUUUUUGAAUAUCAGAUAAAAAAACAUAAUAAAAGCUCACAAAAGAU